AUGUCGCCCUGCACGUCACCGCGCGCCGCCGCCGCCGCCGAACCCGCCGCAGCAGCAGCUACAGCCAUGAACGACGCUACCACUCCCGCCCUUCCAUCAUCCGCGAACGCAUCCACCCACGAUAGCAAGCACAACACCGCAACCCUGGCGGACGACGCAGAAGCCUCGACCCGCCCAGCUAAGCGUAGCAAGACCUCCUCAACCCAGUCGCCUGUCAUGUCAGAAACAAACCCACACCCCCAUCCAUCGCACCACGAAGCAAGCAAAGCCCGCGCAUCCGCACCCGCACCCACACCCUCAAACCCCCCCACCACCACCACGCUCCACCCCACCCCGCCCCAUCCAACCUCACCUCACCUCACCACUAACCCCAGCCGCCCGCUCACCCCUCCAGACGCCGACGGCGACUCCACCAUGCACUCGUCCCCCACGUCCGCCGCAGCCGCCGACUCGGACGACGACCUCUUCCCCGACGAGGCCGCAGGACCAUCGAUGACGACGACGACGAUGACGACGACCUCUACUGCCACGACAGCUCUCCCUCCCCCCUCGACGCCGACGACCUCGGCCGCCUCGGCGCUCGCCCACACCGCUGAACUUUCGCCGCCCUCGUCGCAAGGGCCGGCGGCGGGCUCGUCGUCGUCCAACACGGCCGCGGCGCGCGCAGCGGCCGCCGCCGUCGCCGACGCGGUUAUUAAUGAGAAUGGGAAGCGCGUUUUGCCGACUGGAUUGAACUUUGGGGGUGGAGGAGGUGGAGGAGGUGGUGGACUUGGUGGUGGUGCGGGGGCGACGAGCAGCGUCGCGGCGGCGGCGGCGGCUGCUGCUGCUGCUGCUGCUGCGGUGGCGGCGGCGAAUAGUGGAGGUACUCGCGGUGGCGGUGUCGAGGCGGCGGUGGAGGGGGGGAUGCUGGUGGAUGGCGGCAGCGGCGGUGGCGGUUCGCACGGGGCUGGUUCGCACGGCGGCAAGCAGCGGCUGCUGCUGCAGCCGGGGGUGCACGCGGCGAGCGGGUAUCGGUGGGAGCGCGAGGCGGACGCGCCGGGCUGGGCGUGGAAGAACAAGAAGGCGGCCGAGGAGUGGCUGAAGGCCGAGGAGGCGCUGGUCGAGAGGGAGAGGAUGGUCAGGUCGAGGUAUGGCGAUCCGCUUGCGGAGAGGAGGGGGAGCGCUGCUGCUACCGCUGCUGCUGCGCUGGCGGCGCCGGCGAAGGCGUUGGGGUGA